AUGUCCGCUACAUAUAGCGAAGAAAAUUUAAUAGAAAAUGUUCGUGCUCAUACAUCAUUGUACGACAUGUUUUCGGAGGACUACAGGGACCAGAAUGUACGCAAAGAAGCAUGGGUAGAGAUUGGUGAUGCGUUAAAAAUCCCAGCUGAUAAGUGUAAGUCAGAGUGGACGAAAUUAAGAAAUUGUUUCCUAAAUUCGAUUCGUAGACGCCGUCAAAAAACAAGUGGCCAGUCUGCCAAACAUAUUCCUGCAUGGAAAUUUUCGAAACAAAUGGAAUUUCUUCUACCUUUUUUAGAGAACCGAGAGUAA